AUGGGCGAUCUCAGAGAAAGUGCCGCCUCUAAUGCCGAAGCCACCGCGAUAGAUCAAGGGAAAUCGGAUCAAGAAACCCAAACUCAAUCAGCUUUUACCGAUUUCGAGCGUCUCUUCAGGGCAGAGGAAGCAUACGAGCAGCCGACAACCACUCGAAGGGAGUUAUGGUCCUACUAUCUCUACUAUAACGGUGAUAACGGAGUUGGUCCGGGCUCUUACACACAGGCACUGUUUCAGUGGGCCCUGAAUGGGGCAGGAUGGCAACCCGGGACCAAUCCUCCUAAACCUUGCAGCGACUCGUCCCCAUGCGUAGUUCCAUGGGCUGGAGGGACACGGUCUGUUUCUUCGGUUGUUCUGAUCGCCAACGGUCUCUGCUUCACCUUCAUGACGGUGAUAUUCGUCUGGCUCGGAAGUGCAGCAGACUACGGCUCGUUCGGGCGCUGGCUACUCCUUGGCCUCACGGUGGUCUGCUGGUGUUUGCAGUACGGAAUGAUGGCCAUUAGGCGUCCCGAUCAAUGGCCGGCAGCCAUGGGUAUGUACAUUGUUGCAUAUGUGGCAUACGGUGCGACCUUGGUGUUUUAUGCGGCCGUUUUCCCCCGGUUGGCUCGCUAUAUGCCGCACGUCCGUAAAGCCCGCGAGGAAGAUCUGAGAGAGGGCAAAAUAAGCCAGCAAGAGUACGAUGCCGUCGAGUCGUUGGAGAGAAAUCACAUCAGCAAUAUUUCCACCGCACAUAGUAAUAUAGGCUACUUUUUGACGCUUUUAAUUAACCUGAGUGUGUUGAUACCACUCCAGAAUAACAAUUACUCCAACAAUCUGGCACUCUGUCUGACGAACUCAUACUGGGUCGUUCUUGGGGUAUGGUGGUUCAUUUUUCAGCAGAAGCGACCGGGGCCCAAAGUUCCUGAGGGGUCCAACUACGCGACAAUUGGGCUCAAACAAUUGUGGCUCGCACUGAAAGAGGUCCGAUCUCUGCCACAAACCUUCUUAUACUUCAUUGCCUACUUUUUGCUGGCAGAUGGACUGAACACCACAGGAACGCUGGUAUCUAUCAUCCAGAAUGACUAUGUGUCUUUCUCAUUUUUACAGAUAACAUACCUAGGAAUUACACAGGCUGUGUGUUCGAUAACGUCAACCUUUGGGUUCUGGUAUAUCCAGAGUUAUUUUAAAAUCCGCACCAAGCGAAUGUUUCUUGUCACCAAUUUCUUCAGUGUGUUGAUUCCAUUCUGGGGCAUGCUGGGCUUAUGGACAAACCGCAUUGGCUACCACCAUCGGUGGGAGUUCUAUUUCUAUAACGUUAUUUUUGGGUUGUUCCAGGCCCCUUACUAUGCUUAUGCCCAAACUAUGAUAAGUGAACUCAUGCCUCAAGGUUACGAUAACAUGUUCUUUGCCCUUUUUGGUAUAACCAAUCGUGCUUCGUCGAUCAUCGGUCCCAACGUUAUCCAAGCGAUUAUAAAUAAUACCCAGAACAACUGGAUGGGGUUCCCUUUCCUCUUUGCUAUUUGCGCAGCCGCCAUGAUAGCGAUUGGCUUUGUGGAUGUGGAAAAGGGUCGUGACGACAGUCGGAAAUUCGUGCUUGCACGUACCAUUGCUCAGCCCCCGAACGAGCCUGGUGUAGAUGUGGGUAAAGAUGGAAUACGUACAACAGUCGGAGAAGGAAACUUGUCUAGCGUCGGUGGAGAAAAUAGCGGAAGAUCUCAUCCAGACUAAAAGAAGGGGCCAUUUUCAUCCUCAGGGGCUGGUCACCAGGUUCGAGUGGCCCUAAUAGAUCCUAGUUCAGUCAUAUUUCUUAGUCGUGUUCAAUUUGAUAUCCGG